UGUUCAUCAAGCGAGGUUUUAGGUAUAGUCGUUGGCUGUAUGCUAAGGGAAUUUCGCGGCAGCCGCAAUGAACCGCGAAGAUGAUCGAAUGGACACAAUCAAAUACCGUCGUAAUUGUAUCAGUGAGUGGGUAUUUACCCUUCCAGACGAAACCAAAGAUCGAAGCAUGUUGUUGAUGUCCUGACAGAUGGCGCAAAUGCGGUGGAUCGGCCAAUCGAGUUGUUUUAGUGCGAUAGUUAAACGGUGUGCUUACACAUAAAAUUUGAUAGAAGCGUCGUCAAAAAUACGGAAAUCGGUGUAAUGUGAAUCAAACAAACAUUUCAACAAGGCAAGCGCGCUUGGUAUCAAAAAAGAGCAGUCGCUGACUGCAGGUCAGAUAUACGUAUAUAUAUGGAAAGGUUGUGGCGUUCCCACUGCAAUUUUAUUGCUUCGAGGUCGCUCUAAAUGCAAACGCUGUCCGCUUUUCUUGAGUGCUCUGUCCCGCUCGUUGUCUCGCGAGUUCUAUAAUUCUGCGCUAACACAUGUGGCGCGCCGAAAGCACGCGUGGGGAUAUCCGAGCUUGCGCGCGCUUGCCUGUGUUCGAGCACUUCCUCAAACCCUUCCGAACGGCAGGCGGCCUGUUAGGACGACAGCGCGAAGGCGCGGCGCGCGGUGGGCCGGGUCCGCUGGCGAACAAGAUGAAGCCGCCGGAAGAGAGCGCAUCGACGGUGACGACGACGUCCAAGCUCGAGAUGUUGCUGUGUGCGUCGUGCGCCGUGUACGUCUUCUACUACGUCCUGGCGUUCGACCGCCGGCCGCGCCUCGUCGGCCGCCUGGGCCGCGUGGGGCGCUUCUUGGACAGCAGGUUCGGCAACUUCCUCAGAGCCUUUUAUCGCACACCCAUCUGGUGCGUCGGGGCCAACUUCCAGUCGCUCGUGAGCUUCCUGUUCCAGAGCUGGCUGCCGGAGCUGUCCUACCGGCGCGAGUACCUGAUCCUAUCGGAUGGCGGGCGGCUGGCGCUGGACUGGCUCAACGAAGAGGUGGAAACGGUGCCCGUGCUCCUCGUGUUGCCGGGCCUGUGCGGCGACAGCCAGGCCUACUACCUGCGCUCGUUCAUUCCGCAGGUGGAAAAACUGCGCUGCCCCUGCGUCGUCAUGAACGGCCGCGGCCGCGGAGGCCUGCCGCUCAGCACACACCGCAUCACCCACAUGGCCAGCGUGGGAGACCUCACGGAGGUUGUCGACGAGGUACGCCGACGAUAUCCCGGCCGAGCCCUGCUGGCGGUGGGCUACUCGCUGGGCGGCCUGCUCGUCAGCCUGUACCUGAUCAAGUACGGGGAGGAGGCGCGCAUCGACGCCGCUCUGGCCAUCUCGACACCGUUCCACCUGGCCACCGCCAAACGGAAUCUCGAACAGUGGUGGAACUCAAAUUACGGCGUGCUCUUAUACAUGGCCAGCAACCUGGUCGAACACCUCAAGAUCAACGAAGACGUGCUCCGCUUCAGCGAGGAAGUGAACGCGGACGCCGUUCUCUCCUGUUGGACGCUGUCUCAGUUCGACAAGAACUACACGGCUCCGGUAUUCGGCUUCAAAUCGACGGAUGAGCUCUACGAAAGUUGCAGCUUAAAGGGCAAGCUGUCUCGCGUCCGGCGGCCGCUGGUGUUCCUGCUGGCCGGCGACGACGUGUUCGGCUCGUGGAACACCUUUCCCGAGGACGAGAUCAUCGCCUCGCCGUGGCUGGCCGCCGUGGCGACACCGAGCGGCGGCCAUCUUGGCUUCGUCGAAGGCUGGCUGUUUCCGCGGCCGCCAUUUUACGCGGAGCGUUUCGCGGCCGCUUACGUGCGAGAGAUGUUGCGAGUCGUCGAGACUCACGGCGUCGACGGGCUCGCCCAGCUAGGGAAUGAUAUAUGAGCUCUCGACCCUGCGACGUUCGAUUAUGCAGUGCAACUAAAUCUCGAUCCUGCGGUUCGUCCUUCAGAUUUCUGAGCACGGUUUCUCAUCCUGUGUUUCACGUUCCAACUUCCACCUUAUAGUUUCAGUUUCCAAUUUGCAUUGUCACGCAGAGAAUGAGGGAUAAGUAUGACACACACGUACUGACAUUAAAACGUUCCCGGGAGUUGACCCUAACACGAAUAUUCUUAUGCACGCUACUCGCUCAUGAAUCUGUCUUGGUAGAGAUUACUUCUCAUAGCCCUCCCACAUAUAUAAUUUCACCCUCUUUCAUCGAACGUUUUCGUCGGCGCAUGUCUUUUUAACCCAUGUACUAUAUAGUUCACUCAUGUAAUUUUCGAGGAGCUAUGACUCGAAAUGAGUCCUUGCGCCCGAAAUCACUGCGUCUUGCACAUGGGGCAGCUUUUCACGGGACGCAGUACAAGUACAAAAGAGCCUGUAUAGGACGAGUUGUUCAGAAACUGCACACUGUGCAAGAGGCUCUGGUGGGUUCGUCUCCUACCACGUCUGCGCUGUCGUGCAUGUGCUGCAAGCGUGGGUGUGUGUGCCUGUGUAUUAUGCGCUCAUCUCGCUUGCGUGAAAUAGAAUUUCGCAUAUGGGUUUAUGCCGUUUAGGCCUUCGCCCUGGAACAAGGUACAAUAAGACUGCACCGCGCAUCCAGUGACGCCGAAUGGGUGGCAGCCUGCCCGAAUGCCACGCGUUGGUUGGACACGAUGGCAACGCUGACGGCAAGUCACGUCAUACGAAUUCGGUUAAAGGGCUGCCGCGCGUGUGCUGUAAUCUGUUUCUGAACUUUGUCAGAAACAAACACCGGAAGACGUGCUGUUGACACGGUGCUUGGCUAAAGUGCCAGCUAAUUCCGGAUCUUGGUGCGCAAGCAUGUUUAACCCGAAAUAUACUGGCAAGUUGGAAUCAGCGGAAUCAGUUGGAAUUGGAGAUCGCCGUCGUCCUGCACUGGACAUAAAUAGGCUGAUGAUGAUGAUACUGGCAUGUCGCAAUUUAUUUAAAUGUACCUGUUUUCACGUUGCACGUUCAAUGUGUCCUCAUGAGUAUCGGUUGUGCAUGCAGUCGUGCCUCGUUAUAACGAAAAAGUAUACGAACCAGGGUUCUCGCGAUAAAGUUGAAUUUCUUCACCACAUGUAAGUUUAAAUUGCGGACUGCAUGCAGUUAGAACUUGGCAUCGCGAGCUUUGCAUUUUGCUUGUGCAUCUGAAUUACGAAGAAAAUUAGCUUAUUCGGUGAUGCUGGGGUCUGGUUAUUUUUUGCUCACGGGUACGUGUACACGCGGUUCAUGCUGCACCGUCUAAUCGCGCCCACAAUCUGCUGUAUAUGCGCGGCAAAGAGACCGUGUUUUUAACGAUCCUUUUGAUUUUCUAUUCUUUUCGCCCUUCGUUGUUGGCUUCCGCAAAGCCGCGCCGCUGUUAUAUCGCCGGAUUAUAUAGGCACGGUACGAAUGAUAAGAAUAGUCAAUCAAAUGUAACUUCCUCCGCUUUCUGCCCGUGCUAUCACCUUGCUCUGUUUCUCCAAAUAACUUCCACAAUUCCUUUCUGCGCGCCAACCUCAUUCCACCCCUAAUGUACAUACGUUUCACCUUGCAUUGAUCACCGUCACAAAGUUGUAAUCUUGCGGUGUCGCACUAUAGAGCAUCUACCGCCUGUACCGAGUCAUUUCCAGUGGAAGAGUAGGAAGCACCUUCCCGCGGCGAUUGUUGCGACUGAAAACGGUGCGCAGUUUCGCACGGCUUUUGCUGACAUCAACCCAUUGCUUCGCAUGACCUAACAUCUGCCUUUUGCCGCGCUUUAAAGAAAAGCUUUCACAGCACCUUCCCGGAGGUAUGGCGUUCGUUGUCGUUUCCUCGCCGGAUAUAUAUAUAUAUAUAUAUAUAUAUA